UCCUGUACAGUCCGUGUGACGUCAUCGCGUCGUCAAUUUGUGACGCCGUCUUUCUUUGUUGGCUUAACAGCGGCGACGUUUUGUUGUUAUUUUCGCAGCUGCUAGAAAACAAGCUCCGAUCACUUCGCUUCUUGCCUUAUUCCGCCAUCAGCCGUGUGCACUCUGUAUAUAGACCUCUAGGUGAGUUUGUCACAAGUUGAUAACCACCCUAGGAAUGGACUCAGACGAGGGUUACAACUAUGAAUACGACGACGAAGAGGAGGAAUGUAGCGAGGACAGCGCUGAAGAGGAGCCCGAGGACGACACCUUGGAGCUCGGCGAGGUGGAGUUGGUCGAUCCCGUGGUGGCCGGUGGGGAACGAGAUGAGUGCGGCGAUACUGUCGGAGGCGGCCAAGGCCCCGGCGAGGAAGAAGAGGAGGACUACCGCUUCGAGGUUUUGACUGCUGAGCAGAUCCUCCAGCAUAUGGUGGAGUGUAUCAAGGAGGUCAACGAGGUCAUCCAGAAUCCUGCAACAAUUACGCGCAUACUUCUUAGUCACUUCAACUGGGAUAAGGAAAAACUCAUGGAAAGGUAUUUUGAUGGCAACCUAGACAAACUUUUCUCAGAGUGUCACGUCAUCAACCCCAGCAAGAAACCUCGCAUCCGUCCUCCGAUCAACACUAGAUCAUCUGCACAGGACAUGCCGUGUCAAAUCUGCUAUCUAAAUUUCCCCAACUCUUAUUUUACCGGCCUGGAAUGUGGACACAAGUUCUGCAUGCAGUGUUGGGGUGAUUACCUGACUACUAAGAUCAUAGAAGAAGGGAUGGGACAGACCAUUUCUUGUCCUGCUCAUAGUUGUGACAUUUUGGUUGAUGACAACACAGUCAUGCGACUCAUAACAGAUUCAAAAGUGAAGUUGAAGUACCAGCAUUUAAUUACAAAUAGUUUUGUAGAGUGUAAUCGACUGUUAAAGUGGUGCCCUGCGCCAGACUGCCAUCAUGUUGUCAAAGUCCAGUAUCCAGAUGCCAAACCAGUGAGGUGCAAGUGUGGCCGUCAGUUCUGCUUCAACUGUGGCGAGAACUGGCAUGAUCCUGUCAAGUGCAAGUGGCUGAGAAAGUGGAUCAAGAAAUGCGACGAUGACAGUGAAACUUCAAACUGGAUUGCCGCAAAUACAAAGGAGUGUCCAAAGUGCCAUGUGACAAUUGAGAAAGAUGGGGGCUGCAAUCACAUGGUUUGUCGGAACCAGAACUGUAAAGCUGAGUUCUGCUGGGUCUGCCUGGGCCCAUGGGAACCACAUGGUUCUGCUUGGUACAAUUGCAAUCGUUACAAUGAAGACGAUGCCAAGGCAGCCAGAGAUGCUCAAGAGCGCUCCAGGGCAGCCUUGCAGAGGUACCUAUUCUACUGCAACCGCUACAUGAACCACAUGCAGAGCCUGCGCUUUGAGCACAAGCUGUAUGCUCAGGUCAAGCAGAAAAUGGAGGAGAUGCAGCAGCACAACAUGUCCUGGAUCGAGGUGCAGUUCCUGAAGAAGGCUGUGGACGUGCUUUGCCAGUGCCGCUCUACGCUCAUGUUCACUUACGUCUUUGCCUUCUACCUCAAGAAGAACAACCAGUCAAUUAUUUUCGAGAACAACCAGGCAGACUUGGAAAACGCCACUGAGGUUUUGUCUGGCUACCUAGAACGGGACAUCUCCCAGGAUUCCUUGCAGGAUAUCAAGCAGAAAGUACAAGACAAGUACAGAUACUGUGAGAGCCGGCGAAGAGUUCUGCUACAGCACGUGCACGAAGGCUACGAGAAGGACUUGUGGGAGUACAUUGAGGAUUGAGGACAUGUCCCAAUGCAACGGACUCUGGAGUAUCUUGACAAAAUAAGAGCGCUGAUGCAAUUUAUCAGGGCAGUACGGGCCUUCUGCUGCCUCUCUUUUUGGCAAAACCUACCACUUUUGCAUCAUUUCCCCGGGUUUGUUUAACAAUAUUAAGUAAAUUAUAUUUAAAUAAAAGGUAGAGUAAUGAAAAGAAAGUGUACUACAGUAUUGUUAGCAGCAGAGUGGAGAAAGUCCAUCUUAAAAAAAAACAACAAAAACUUACAUCCUUUUUUGGUUUGUAUUGUAACACCUCCCUCAGCUUCAUUCUUUUCCUGUUUUUUUUUUUUUUUUCGGCUUGUGAAUUUUCAGUUUUAAAUCAGUUUUUUUGUUUUUUCAUUAGUGUGACCAUGUUUUCAACCCAGCUUUAAUCGUCCUGGCCAUGUAUGCAGUAUGUGGCGAGGUCCUUCUGUGUGGUGGGCUGAUUGCAAAAGGGGCAAAGGCAUUUCACAUUAAAAAAAAAACUAACAAAACAAGAAAAAAACAUCGAAAAGAACAAAAUAGCAAGUCUGUGUUUUUUCAAUUUGUAAAUAGUCCAUAUGCAUGGAAGUUUAGGGCAAGUGUGGCACGCGUUUGCAUCAUUUUGACCUAUUUAUUCUUUAGAAACAUUCAGAAAGGUCCCUCAUAGGAGUUUGGCAAUAAUGAGCAGUGCACAAGGAGCUCUGAAAGGACACUAAUAGCAAGACAAAUCUUGACGGGUGAUCAUGCUACAAGCUGGAAAAGGUUUUAAACGAUGUACAACGCGUGUGCUCAAGUGUCCCCCGAUUCUAACCUGCCGCCGUCGCCGUACCCCCCGCCCCCCUUUAGUUGUUUUUAGAACUUACUAAUUGUUUGCAAAAGCCAAACUGAGUGACAUUCACUCUUUGUUUUGUUUCUGUCGGUCCCCAACAUGGCUGGAGGUCGCCAUAUUUGAGCUGGGAUUGCACCUUGGGGAAUGGAAUGUGGGGAAUGGAAUGUACUGACAGUGCUGCUCAGUGGGCUGGAUCUCUGGCAAAAACAGGCUGCAUCAUUCUUGCAGGGAGUUUUUGGAUGUCGAGGAACCUUGCAGGGAGAUUGAACAUCGCUUUAAGCUGAUAGAUGGACACAUGGGACACUUCCAUUUUAGAACCAUAGGACAAACCUGUGAAGUUUGCCGUUUCGUCAUGUUUAUACGUAAUUGUUUUGUUUUUUUGGCGUUUGAAGACUAAAGGAUGAAAUGUCAGUGCCCCCUGCAGGUUGUCGAGGUCUCCGCUUGUAAAUGUUCCUUUAUGUGUGAAACACGACAGCAGUCUUCUCCACAGAGAGGACGUGGAUGUUCAAGGCGCUGAUCAAAGUCACGUGACACCAAAGUGUCAGCAUAAAACAAAAAAAAAAAAAACACAGCCCCAGUGCCAGUGCUAUGGGGAGAACGAGUGGCGGGGGUGGGGGAAAUUGUGUCCCAAAAUGCUUCUUGUGUUCAGACUUAUUUUAUCCUAGAAAAUUAUAAACUGUAUUGUUUAUUUGAAUAAAUGUCAUGAGAAAUCUCAAAUUUCA